CAAAAAAAUUACAUAAAAUUCGUGUUUUUUGCUUAUAGCCUUGAUAUCGCAGAUUAACUUAAAGUUAAUCAAUUGUACGCAAUGCAAUAAAAUAAACUUGAAAAUUGGUAAAUCAUUAUUCUGUUAUUUGUUUUGAUUCGUUGGCCGCCCCAUUAUCGAAAAAGCCGUCCCCGGAAUGAUAAAGCAUCAUUUGGGAGCGCUAAGCGCAUCUGUAUACUUCCAAGAUUCAGUAUCAUAAAGCGUCGCGACGCUUUCGCGUCUAGUUGACUCCAGCCCAGCUUCAAGGGUGAUGUGUUCGUGUUUGUGAUUUUUGUACGCAACCAUGGACGAAAUGAUGGAAACUACGGUUUACAUAAGCUCUCCCAUGGACUUUAAAACACGUUUUAAAAAUUGGUGGAAAAGACUGCGCUUGAAAGCCGCCCUCCAACACAUCGGGCUUUUGAUAACUCUCAUGGGGUACACAGUCGCGGGGGGAUUGAUUUUCCGACGUUUCGAAUAUCCUGCUGAAAUUUCACGACUUAAUCAUUUCAACAACACGCUCUUGCUGAAAAGAGAGAAUUUUAUACAACAGAUUGUAAAUAACACCGAUUUGAAAAAUUUUGAUUACUUUAUAUCGGGCGAAUUGGAGAAUUACGAGAAAAUUCUGCAAAGUGCGUGCAGAGAGGGAAUACCAUUAUUUCCCAAAGAACAAGUUGCGAAAUGGACCACGUUGAAAGCGGUGUUUUUUUCAUCGACCGUUUUAACGACCAUUGGAUACGGAGACAUCGUCCCCCGAACAACCGAAGGCCGCGCCUUCUGCAUAGUAUUCGCUCUUGUGGGAAUUCCACUCACAUUGACCGUGAUUGCAGAUUGGGGCCGGCUUUUCGCCUCUACUGUAUCAACCCUAGUCAAGCACAUACCGCCGAUGCCUAAAAGAUUCAGGAAUGCAACGGUCGCCCGCAGGACAUCGUCCUACGCCCUGUCGGCCGUUUGCUUCCUCUUCGUCUACCUCGCCGCAGGUGCGGGAGUUUUCGUCAGCUGGGAGGACGACUGGACGUUUUUUGACGGGUUUUAUUUCUGCUUUAUUACAAUGACGACCAUCGGGUUCGGGGAUUUGGUGCCAAAACAGCCGACUUAUAUGCUUCUCUGCACGCUGUACAUUCUGGUGGGCCUUGCUUUAACGUCUACUAUAAUAGAGUUAGUGCGCCGACAAUAUGCUCAAUCUUGGAGACAGCUUCAGGCACUUCGUGGACCCCUCGCUGAAAAUUUCAGGAAACUGGCCGACAAUGCGCCGGGAUUAGACGUGAUGGCCUUCCAGCAGGAUCUCAUGAAAGUUUUAACCGUGGUGACGAUGCCGCGCAAAAAUGCCUUCUCGAGGAAGGAAAAGAAGCUCAAACAGAAGGAAUGGGAGGACGCCAUCGAAGCAGUGAUAAGAGAUAUCACUGUGGGUACAGCAGCCGCCGAGCAGAAACCACCAGUGGUUCAGAUUGUUAUUUACGAGAGUUCCGUUUGAAGAGGUCGACCUUAUCAGGGUUGCAUAACGUCGGGAUUCCGACUCAUAUCAGUCUUGAGUUCGAUUGGACUAAAAAACAAUUGAAUUCUGUUGUCUAUGUUAUCGAUGACGUGACGACCACAGUUCCAACAAUUACUUCCACAAGGCUAUUGCUAAAUUAUUAUGGCAAAAACUGUGAAAACUACGUACAAUGUAGGCUGUUAGAGAAAUUUUUAAGUAAUUAUGAUUUAUUAUUGCUUUUUAUUUAAAUUAAUUCACAUUGCUUUUUUUCAUCAAAAAAUGUGACUAAUUAGACUAAGUACAAAUGUGAUACUUGAUACUUUUUUUUCAUAGUUUUACAAGAGCGUUUCAAAUUUUCGUUAAAUAAACCUUCUUGUUUUCGGAGAUAUCAAUUAGUAGCUUGUAGCCCUCGCAAUUAAGCAAUUUCUUACGAUAAUAAACAUUAAAACCAA